CGCGUAUGGCCAUCUCCGGGACACUAGCCGGCGUCGGAACCAGUCCACAGGACAAGUCGGGCAAAGCAGAGAGAGGCCGGAGGCGUUCACAGGCGAGAAUCAUCUAUCCAUUGUCGUGUACAAGAUCAUCGACAGGCGGUCGUACGUUGUAGAGUGCGACGGCGCAAGCUUACGGGCGCUCAACCGGCUUGCAAGGCUGCUCCUGCGCAGGCUGCAUAUCCCGUCUGCGUUCGCGGCCAUCGGGCCACAUCGUCAAGAACCGACCAUCCCGCCGUUCGCACAUGGGUCGUCGACGACCCUCAAAUUGGUUGGUCCGAUGGCCGUAUCCUGGCUGGAGGAUAUCUGCUACCUGGUGGUCGCCCGACGGAAGCGACAACAACGCCACGGUUGCAGCUCUGGCGCGGCGCAGGGGCCGACAGCACUCUCGAGUGGCCUACCAGUUUGAGGACGACCUCCCAUUGGCAUGGACUGCACGGUUGGGCCGCUUGCCCAAUACUCACUCGCCUGUGAUGUCAUCACCCACUGCCGCCGACGGUAGAUCCACCACCUCUGACUGGUCCUCAAAGCGGCUGCCGAGGGAAAGCAGAAGCUCCAUAUGCCACGGACGCGCCUGUACCAGCACCGCAGCCACCGAUCCCUCUCAUGCUUCAGCCGGAACUCACGGCGGAACAAACAAGUCGGCUUUGUACCUUACGCACGCGUCGAUGCGCGUCUCGGGUGGCUCGAUUGACCACCCGUUUUCAACGCGGCGGAAGGGCGACUUCGAGCCCCAUGUGCGCACCCACUUCACGUACAGAGUCUGCGGUCCAGAGUGGGUCUCGAGAAAUACCGUGCUGGCGUUAGAUGUACCACACCUCCAUAUAUCCGUAAUGUUCUCUUGAAUCAUUAUGUUUCUUU